AUGGCAGCACGGCUCGUCCGCUCGCACAGCGACUUUGACCUCCGCGAGGCUGCGCCGUUCCUGGUCAAGGUGGCGACCGAGGCCAAGGCCGCGGCGACGCCCCAAGAGACGACCCACAAGGUGACGCUGCUCAUGGACCAGGAGGAGUGCCCCAUCUGCCUCGACGAGUUCGAGUCCCUUGGGCAGUCCAUCUUUACGGGCGAGUGCGGCCACAAGUUUCACUUUACCUGCCUUCUCGAGAACGUCAACCACGACGAGGCGAACGCGACCAAGUGCCCCAUCUGCCGCAAGAUGCCGCCGGGCAGCCAGCCCGGACAGUACAUGUGCCCGAACGGCCACACGUUCUACUACCGCCCCUAA